CAAAACGCAGGAGGUCCGCUUUGGGUACAAGACCAGCAGUCUGAUUUUCAAAAAAGGGCUCACAAUGGAUUUUAAUUGUUUCAAAGAAGCCGCUGAAGCCUGGAUAAGGUUAAACGAUGGAUAUGAACUCACACAGACGGACGAAAAAGAUGAACGUUUAUACUUUAAAGUAAAAUCUGUAACAUUCUACUUGACGUGCCCAGGAAGAGAAAAGAAAAAUUGGUUUAUAUGGAGUGAUCAAGAAGAUACUAUUCAAAUGCUGGGAGAGGUCACAGAUUAUCUGUCUGGAUGCAAACAGCAUACUGUGGAGGAAGUUUUGAAUUACACAAAGAAGAAACUGCAGCCAUCGGUUGGGGGUGCAGAUGAUGAUAAUAUGGAAGAUGAAGACGAGUAUGAAGAAGAUAUCGAUGACAAUUAUUACGAAGAUGAUGACAUUGAUGCCUGUCAAGGAGAAGCAAGUGCAGCAAACAAAGUCACAUUAAGUGAUGAAGAAGAUGAAUUAGACAGACAAUUUAUGGGCCAGGGAAAUCCAGUAGCAGUACACAGGCUAGUCAAAGAUCUGAAAAAUAUGAAAGAUGCAAAUGGAAAGUUUGGUGUGGUAGGAGAACCAAGAGGGGACAAUUUAUUCAUUUGGGACGUGAAACUUACAGAUUUCCCUAAGGACACAAGACUUGGAAAGGAUUUAGAAAACUUUGCAAAACAAUACAACAGAGAGCCUGUGGUAUAUUUAGAAAUGAAGUUCCCCCAGGAGUUUCCCAUGCAUCCUCCCUUUGUUAGAGUAACAAGACCAAGAUUUAAAUUUCUUACAGGUCACGUAACAAUAGGAGGAAGUAUAUGUAUGGAGUUGUUAACAAAGUCAGGUUGGAGACCAACAAAUGACAUUGAGGGUAUUUUAGUGCAGAUCCGCACAGAGAUUAUGAGUGAUGGUAACACUCGUCUUGAUGCCAGACCCGACAACGCCUACACAGAGGAAGAAGCAAAGUUUGCAUUCCAAAGAAUGGUACAAAAGUAUGGUUGGCAGUAAUGCUCAGAUUUCGGUGGACUUGGACCCUUCACGCAGAUCUGUAUCUCUCUGUUGAACUGAAGCUUCUGUCAUGUAUUUGAAUAGCAAGUGGUAUUACUAAACCCGGGGUGUCCAGCUUGUGGUCAAGCAAUGGGCUUUAGGUUGGGCUAUAAUUGUUUUUAAGUCAGGGUUACACUUGUUGUGAAAGAGGCACUUGUAUUAAGACAAUGAAAGUGAGUGUUUAAGAGCGCAUUCUCAACGAAUUAAGCCAGGCUUUACAAAGCU